AUGCCUGCCAAUGGCGUCCCGAACGGGUCCUUCCCGUGCGCCGCGUCGCUGCAGUUAUAGCCGAGCAGUCGGUACCAAAGACGUCUCUGCUGCUAGGCUGGAGGGCGAUGGUUCGGGGCCUGCAGCGGUUGCGCAAGUAGCCUGGAGGAGACGCGAAGCGUGACUUGGAUCAAAAUGUUUUCAAAAUGGAACAUGUCAAUGCAAGGUCUCUACGUUCUCCUAAGCAUUUACUACUUUGGAGUUUCAGGUGGAUUUCUGAACAUGUGUGGCUAUAUCGUCCCAGAGUCACCAGUAGUGUUGUCCACUGGUUCCAAUUUUACAGCAUUUUGCAUUCUCCAUGAUGAUUGUUCUUAUUAUGCUGAGCAAGUUAUCUGGAAAACAAAAACGACAGUUGUCCCUAAAGAACAAUAUAGCAUAAUAAAUCGAACUGUUUCUAGUGUAACAUUCAGUGAUACUUCUAUGUUGGUUUCUCCUCUGACUUGCAACAUUUUAGUACCUGGGGGUUUGGUACAGAACAUCUAUGGAAUUCAAAUUCAACUGGGCUUUCCUCCCGAGAAGCCUACAAACUUGAGCUGCGUUGUGAUUCAGACACAAGUAACAACCUUUAUUCAAAGAUGUUCCUGGGAACCUGGAAGAGAUACAUUAUUGAGCACUAAUUAUUUUUUAAAGUAUAGAUGGCCAACUAAAGUAUAUCCUGAUUGCAUACCUCAAGAUAGUAAUAAUUCGUGUACCAUUUCUGAUGUCGUCUUUUUUGUCACCUUGGAAAUGUGGGUAGAAGCCAAAAAUGAACUUGGAAUAGCUGAAUCUGACCACAUUGAAUUUGAUCCCAUAACUUAUGUGAAACCACUGUCUCCACAUAAGCUUUCCGUCAAUUCAGGAGAAUUUCCUAGAAUCUUAAGGCUGUCAUGGGAAAACAGAUUUAAUGAAGCUCAACAAUUACUAAAAUAUAAAAUUCAAUAUAAGAUCUUGAACAGGAAUGAUUGGAAUGAGAUUCCUCCUGAAGAUACAGCUUCACCGAGAACUUCAUUUACUCUCCAGGAACUCAGGCCAAAUACAGCAUAUCAGAUUAGACUGUGUUGUGCAGUUUCUUUGUCAAAGUACUGGAGUGAUUGGAAUGAAGUAAUUGGAUUCACUGCUGAAGACAGACCAUCUAAAGGACCAGUUCUUUGGCGUAACAUUAAAACAUCUUACUCGACAGGAAAUUGGACAUUAGGCCUUCUUUGGAAGGAGUUGACUCCUUCUGAAGCAAAUGGAGUAAUUUUGAAAUAUGAAGUAUCUAUUUCAGGAAGACCGCCACUUUCUUUUCCAACUAGAUAUUACACUCUGAAUACCACGCAACUGAUUUUAAAUGUACAAAAUGGGACAUACUAUGUGAGCGUUACAGCAUUUAACAAAGUUGGUAAAUCUCCUACAUCAGUUUUGCUUAUUCCAGCAACUAAUUCAAAAGCUCCUGUGAAGAAUAUUGUUGCAUUUCCUGAAGGUGGCAAACUCUGGGUAAAUUGGACAGCUCCCAAAGAGUCAGUUAGUAAAUAUAUAAUUGAAUGGCAAGAAACAUGUAGCAAUUUAAGCUGUCCUACUGAAUGGCAGCAGGAACCUGGCUCAAAACAGAGAACAUUUUUAAAAGGGACUGUAAAGCCAUACAAGUGUUACAUAAUAACAGUGUAUCCAUUAUAUAUUGGUGGGCAAGGAGAAGGAGAAUCAACACAGGCCUAUCUUCAACAAGAUGUUCCUGCUACUGGACCUACUGUUCGAACAAAGAAACUUGGAAAGUUUGAAGCUAUUUUAGAAUGGGAACCUCUCUCGGUGGAGGAACAAAAUGGGUUUAUCAAAAACUACACCAUUUCUUAUAGAACAGUGAAUGGAGAUGAAAGAGUUGUGGCUGUGGACCCUUCAAAAACAGAGUACUUACUAUCAUCUUUAUUAAGUAAUACUUUGUAUGUCGUGCAUAUGACAGCAUACACAGAAAGUGGAGGAACAGCUGGUCCUCAGUUUACAUUUUCUACAAAUAGAUUUGAGGAUGGAGAAAUAGAAGCAAUAGUUGUUCCUAUCUGCAUAGCAUUUCUGCUAGUUACUUUAUUGGGUGUAUUAGUUUGCUUCAGCAAACGAGAUAUCAUUAAGAAACACAUCUGGCCUAAUGUGCCUGAUCCUUCAAAGAGUGUGAUUGCUCAGUGGUCACCACAGACACCAGCUAAGCAUUUUAAUUCAAAAGAGGAAAUAUAUCCAGAGGGCAGUUUUACUGACGUCAGUGUUGUAGAAAUUGAAGCGGAGGACAAGAAAUCCCUCUCAGAUCAAGAUCUGAAGCCUUUCGAAUUGCUUAGGAAAGAGAAGAGUGCCUCAGAAGGUCACAGCAGUGGUAUAGGAGGUUCAUCCUGCAUGUCUUCUCCUCGACAAAGUGUUUCAGAUAGCGAUGAAGGGGAACCUGCUCAGAACACUUCCAGCACUGUGCAGUACUCAACUGUCAUACCCAGUGGCUACCGGGAUCAGAUUCCUUCAGUGCAAGUCUUUGCCAGAUCUGAAUCUACACAGCCUCUCUUAGAUUCAGAAGAGAGGCCAGAGGAUCAACAGAUGCUUGGAAAUGACCACUCAGUGCCCAAGCAGCGCUACUUCAAGCAAAAUAGCAGCUUGGAUGACACAGCCACAGAUUUCGAAAAAGCGAAACAGAUUUCUCCAGUAAGUGAGGAAGAUACUACCAGGCUUCCAGCAUCACAAAUGGGUGGAUCUGGCCCAGAAACAGAUGAACAGGGGAAGGACUUAAUAAGUGCAUUUUUUCCUAACCUAAUGGAACAGGCUGGGCAGCUUGAAAAUAACACAGAUAUGGUAACCAAUGAAGAGAUGCCCAAAAGCUACCUUCCGCAGACUGUACGGCAAGGUGGCUAUAUGCCGCAAUGAAAAGAAAAUACUGUUAUGCCAUUGCUCUGUUUUUAAAAAAAUUAUGUUUCAGGUGAAAAUCAGGCUCAUCUAUGGAAGAUAAUUUGGACAACAUGAGGUUUGGGAAAUUUGAACAGACUUUUAAAGGAAAAUUUCUAGACUUCUACUGAUUUUUUCCUUCAAGCACUACAUAUAUUCAAUUUCAGAGAUAUGUUUAUUACAUUUCAGUUUUGUCCUGGGCAUUCCACUUUGUUUUUAAUGUAGAAUAUAAAGUUACAUUCAUUUGCAUAAAGACAUAUAAGCCAGGAGUUGAUAAUUGCAAAUAUUUCCGUACAGUUAAGACCAUAAGAGGUUAAAAAGUACAUUAUGAAUGCUCCAUUUGUGAUGGUCUAGCUCUAGCACCAACUUUUCAAAAAUAGUGUUUUAAUUACAGUGAGAGUUAUCCAGAAGCAAAUAGUUUGCUGCCUAUCUGGCCAAACAUAAUUUCCUCAGGCAGAAUAUAAACAUUACAUGGGUUUAGUUAUAGCCCCAAUAAUUAACUAACUAGAAAUGUUUUGUUUGCUUGGGUUCUUUCUCUGACCGUAGCAUGUUACUCAUGUCAAUCAAGGACUGCAUUAAUUGAGUGAAUUAUCACUAAUUGAAUCAUGAUUAUGUCAGAAAGUUGACUGGUAAUAUUUCAUGUUGACUUUUGACUGCCAGUAUUUCAUGCCUUUUGUAUCUUGCACUUUGAGCCAUAUCUACAGAAAUGUAAAUACUACGUUUGGAACUCAAUCCUAUAAAGUUAAAUCUCUGUAUGUGCUUAUUUUUAUUACCAUAUCAUAAUUAGAGGCAAUUGUUACUAAAGAGGAAUAUAUACUGUUCUUUUGCUAACUGCUAAAAUGCCAGGUUCUGGUAUUCCUUCCUGUGCAUAAUUAUGAAGGCUGGAAACCAUACAGCUGGGUUAUUGAAGACACUAUGCUGAGCUGUGGUCUUUGUUUUGCAGUUCUGUUUUCUCCAUUUAUUUCUUGGAAAUAUCAAUUCUUUUGGUUCAUACAAGUUUGUUAAAAACAAAUUUCCACAAUGCAUUAAUAGCCUGAAUGGCUUUUGAUGCAGUCCAGGAACACUAAAAUUGCAUAAGAAUUAAAGAUUAUCUGAUUGUUUUUUUAACAAUUUCAUUAUGUAUAUAUUGAAACUUUAGAGAUCAUCACCCUGAUCACUCUCAUGUUCCUCUUUUUCUUGGGGAGAGGAAUUAUUAUUAGUAAUAGCUGACAUUUAUACAGUAGAAAAGCUGAUAAGUUAUACACCACAAGCUCAAAAUAUAACCACAAAUAUAUUUAAUCAUUUUCAAAGUUUCAGAUAAUCUUAAAUGGCCUUAUUUUACUCUUUUUCUGCAUAUGUCAUUGUAAUAUUUUCAUGUUUGGAAAUGAAGUCAAUGCAAGCCUCUUAAAUAUAGUAAAUAGAAGCCACCAAUUAAUUAAUUCCUAUAUUCUAAUUGUGGAAUGCACAAAGCGUGCCCAUUAACAUUCUACAAAAGCACCAUUAUCUAAAUUGGGAGAAUAUUAUAUGAUAUGGUGUUAUUCAAAAAACAGGUUACAUCACAACAAUGUAACUUCAAAUAUAUAAGAACGGUGCUCAGAAUUGUAUUACAGUAUUACUACUUUAUAAUUUCUCCAACCUUUUGACCAUCUGUAUUAACCUCAUAGAUUUUUAGGUGGAAAACCUUUGCAUAGUUAAUCCCCACUUACAGUAUACAGUAUAAUAGAGCAUUUUCUCAAGUUCACAAUUACUACUUUAAUCUGGAAAAUAGGUAGAACAUUGUAACUGUCUCAAAAAAACCCUGCUAGCAAAGGGACAGAAAAAGGGCUGCUUUGUUUAAAGCUGUCAAACUCGCUUAAUUGUUUUUUUAAAAAUGACCUUCAACCCAAGUUUCCCCAAAGAGGCUUUUAAUCUGAACAAAGCUCAGUAUAUUGGGCUUUGCUUUCUAAAGAUGGAUUCCCCCAUGGAAAAAUUUGAUCAUUGAAGCAGAAACAGCCUUCCUUCAAGAUUGGAGUCUUUCUUGAUCUCCAACGGGGAAAACCCAUCAGUCCUCUGACUCCUGCUGGAACAGUAUUUUUUUCAAACUUGGCAGCUUUCCGAUGAAUGGAAAGCUGGCUGGGGAAUUCUGUGUUGAAGCCCAGUCAACUUAAGGUAGCCAAGCUUGAAAAACAUUGAUAGACAUAUUUCUAGGGGGACAUAUUUCAGCAUAAAUAUAUUUUUACAAAUUUGAUUUAUUAGUUACAUUUUAAGCCUCAAUUUCUUCAUUACUAUGAAACAAAUUAAUCCACCUAUUGUGCCAAUUAUUUUUUAAGUUAAACAUUGACUCCAGUGUUGGAACACAAUUAUUUUUGUUGCAAUUUAUAUAUUCUCAUGGUAUGUAGCCCUUAAUUUUACCAUUAUUGUGAAUAUCCACUGAAGUCGACUUGGUGUUAAAUUCUGCUGAAUAAAAUCCCUCAGAUAAAUUGAAUGUUGGGUUGUUUUAAAACUAUUUGCCUGUGAUUGAAUAAAUUAGGUACAGAAUAACAUUAUAUAGCAUUUUUUAACGGAAAUAGUUCAAAGUAAUUCUGUACCUUGGGUUUUUUAAAUACAAUUAAGUAGCAAGGAUUCCAAUUUUAAUUUAUUGCAUCUGAAGGUAAUUGAUAUGAUUAGGAAAGUAUUUGUUUAGUCUGUUAAAUUUAUAAUCAGCUUCCUUGCAUAUCAAGAGGAAUGUUGCUCUUGAUGUCUUAAAUGUGAAAGCAGAUUAGUAGGAAAGGAAGAAAAUCCAAGAAAAGUUACGAUGACUUUUUAAGGGUCUUCUGCUUUUUUGUUCUGACUUUUACCUCAGGUGAAAGCAAUAAUUUAACUUAAAUGUUAGUAUAUAUCAGUUAUUAAUAGAUGUAAAGACUGCAUAAAUAAAUAAGCUGCUUACUUACAGAAAUAUCCAUUAAGAAUGGAAAAACUCUUAAGUCUAUCAGGCAGGACUGUCUACAGGAUAUGGUCAAGAAAGACAAGAUGGUGGCCACAGCAACACAAUGCCUAUUUUAUUGUGGCCACCAUUUUAAAUUUUUUGACUACAUCCUAUGGACAACCCAAUGAUGAUGACUGGAUCUACCGUAUAUGCCGGCGUAUAAGACGAUUUCCGGAAGCGCUAAACUCGGCGCCAAAGAUGGGGUCGUCUUAUACGCCGGAAAUACUGGUAGUUUCCGGCGUAUAAGACGACGUUCUAGGAAGGCGACUCGGCGAUAAAGACGGGGGUCUUAUACGCCGGGUCACCUAAUAUGCCGGCAUAUACGGUACUCAUGGCUUGCUAUGUAAUUGGUGACUAUAGCUAAUUAAAAAUAGGCUAUUUGUGACAUUAAAUCAUCCCAAUAUCACUAUGCCUCAUUAAAAUUGGUGUCCCUCCAUUGGGCCUUUAUGGGGCAGCUUGAUAAUUUUCUAUUCUUUUUGUCCAAUUACCAGUUGUAAAGAAAUAUUAAAAAUGAUUUAAUAAUUUUAAAUUAUAAUUGAAUGUGUAUGUUGCUAAAGUCAAGGGAAUUGUUAAGGUGAAAGGAAUCAGGAAAUGCUCAUUUUCUUUUGUAUGACAAAGUAGCACUGAUUUAGACUAUAGACUUUUGCAAACUAUUUCAGUAGAUAACACGUCUUGAUCAACGUACUUUCCUCAGACCUGCUUCCUAUUCCAUUAUUUCUAUCUACUAGAUACAUAUCCAAGCAACUGGCAUUGUAAACUAAAAGAUUAGAUUGAUUAAUCUUUAUGAUUUACUUCUUGGUCCUUCCAUGUAACAGAUUCCUUCCCUAUGGACAAUGGAACUGUAAAAGAAGAUGCCUUUAUACCCAGCACUUAACUGAAAAGCAUAAGACCAAAAAAAAAAAAAAACACCCUCUUUUUUAAUAUA